GAUGUCACUCUUUGAUACCGAUAAAUAUACUGUUAUUUUUACGUGUGUUUGUCGUCAUGAGUCAGUAACAUCGGUAACAUCAGUAACUUGAUUAACAAUUUAUUAUAAUGUUCAGAGAUAACGUUUACUAAUAAUUGGAACGAUAAAAAGUACCGCAUUAGUUUAUCAGAUGUGAUUAAAGAGAGUGUCUUCUUUUACUUAUGGACAUGAUCGUACUCCCACAAAGAAAAUAAGCCGGAACAAUUAAUAUGUCUGGGGGCGCAAACAGGAAAAAAACUACCCGAUCACAGGGCUGGGAAGAAGCAGGAUCCGAGUUUUAUCAAGAAAGUUACCCUGCUGAUUCGGAAAUUGAGGCUUUGCAAAGAGAUCCAAAACACCUACAUACUCUUUUACCUAGUAAACUUAAUAGGGGAGCUGCUACAAUUCGUAUCAAGACAAAUGACUACCGAACAAAUAACAGAACAAUACGACGACACACUGCCACGAGAUCUCGGAGGGAAUCUACAGUCCAUCGUAGGACUUCUACAGCUGGAGAAGUACAGGUUUCCAUGCUACCUGAUUUAUCCGAAAUGAGAUCGAAUGAACAAACUGCUUGGGAGGAAAUAAUGCAGAUCAAAUCUUUACCCAUUCCAAUGUCCGAGAAGAAAGAGAUGAAGGCUAAAAUUUUGAAUGAGCCGAACUUACGACUGCAAGGUUAUGAACAAUUCAAAUGGAAAAGGAGAAAAAUGUGGGAUCAGCUUAAAUCCCGGUUGCAGGAAUCAUUACAAAACUUGGAGCUGUGGAGGGGUUCUAUGAAAUACAUCGAGGGAAAUUUUGGAACAGGAGUAGUAGCAUAUUUUUUAUUUGUAAGAUGGUUGUUUAUUCUAAAUUUGUUCAUUUUUUGUUUGGUAUUCUUAUUUAUAAAUUUACCGACAAUUUUAUUGGAUUUUAAGAAAAAUAUCACUUGCACAAAUUCACCGAAUACUUCUUGUUGUGCUCAAGAAUAUUUCAAUGAAACUACUUCGGAAAAUAACGUCCUGAUUGAUUUUGUACAAGGUACAGGUUUUUUAGAAAAAACUUUAUUAUUUUACGGUUUUUAUACAAAUGAAAUUCUUGAAUAUGCUGUUGGAGGUAUCAGACUGUACUAUAACGUUCCGGUUGCAUAUAUGUUUGUAGUAAUUAUAUGUUUCGGUUUGUCUGUAUUUUCAAUACUCACCUCAGCGGCCAAUGGCUUCAGAGAACGUCUCAUAGAAGGAGAAGGACAGUUUUACCAUUACUGCAACAUGGUGUUUGGCGGUUGGGAUUUCUGUAUAGAUAAUGAGAAAUCGGCAAAAAUAAAACAGAAGUUGAUUUAUAACGAAUUCAAAGCAAACGUAGAAACGGAGAGGUUGAAUGAAGAAAUCCAAAGUAGAACAACGCAGGAGAAAUACAAAAUUUAUUUUUGCAGAUUCAUUGUAAAUACGGUGGUGUUUUGUAUUUUGGCUUGUUGUGGGUAUAUCAUAUAUUUGGUCUUCAUGAUUUCUACUGGGAGAGAUCAAGUGAGCGAAAAUAAUUAUAUCAAUCUUUUUUUUGAAUUUCUACCUGCUUUGACUAUUGUCGGAAUGAAUAUUGUCGUUCCGAUACUGUUUAAAUUCUUACUUACUUUUGAAAAAUAUAAACCUCUUACAGCUCUCAAAUUUUCGCUUAUGCGUACGGUAUUUUUGCGACUUUCUGCUUUGAUUGUUUUGUAUGCCUCUCUUUGGUCAAAGAUUAAAUGUACCAAUGAAAAUGAACUUUCUUGCGUUCGCUGCCCAAAGGCACCCACUUGCUGGGAGUCUUAUGUGGGACAACAAAUAUAUAAGUUGUUGCUUACCGAUUUCGCUAUACAAAUAAUAAUGACGUUUAUAAUAAACGUACCUAGAGCUGUUAUAGCCCGUCAUAUUAGUAAUAGGUUUGUUAAGCUUUUCUGUGAACAAACCUUUGAUUUACCUAGACAUGCUUUGGAUGUUGUAUAUUCUCAAACUUUGAUAUGGUUCGGAAUAUUUUAUACACCUCUUAUAUCUCUAAUAGGUGCAGGAAUGUUUUUCUUCAUCUUCUAUAUAAAAAAAUUCGCUUGCGUUUACAACUGCAGACCAAGUCCUGUAAUAUACAGAGCUUCCAGAUCCAAUUCCAUGUUUAUGUUAGUUCUUUUGAUCUCUUUUGCAUUUGCCGCUUUUCCUUUGGGUAUUUCUUUCUCUGAUCUACACCCAUCGAGGUCAUGCGGACCUUUUAGGGACCGAUCCACUGUAUGGAAUUUAGCUGUAAGUUUGUUUUUAAGAACACCCCAAUGGAUACAAAGUAUUAUUUUCUUUUUGGGUACUGCAGGGUUUGGCGUUCCGUGUAUUAUAGUUUUAACUCUCAUUCUUUACUAUUACAUGGGAGUAAACUCUGCUAACAGACAUUUGGUGUCAGUUUUAAAAAAUCAGUUGGUUCUUGAAGGACACGAUAAACAAUUUUUACUGGAUAGACUGAGCUUGUUUAUAAAACAAGAGAAUCAGAAAAGACUUAGGGCCGAACAAAGAAGGGGGGAAGGAGAUAUGAACUAGGUUAAGGAAAAAUGUGAGAUUAGUUUUAAUCCAUGACAGACCAGUUUAUAAAAGAAUACAAAAUUUGAAAAAAUUCUUAUUAUAACAAGAAAAACAAUAUCGGCAAUAGUAUAAAUAAAAUUUACACCUAUGAUGUAUAAGGUAACUACAGAAGAGUGUGAACAUCUUGUUCAAACAUUUCAAUUUUUAGUUUUUCCAAUUACAAAACUUUAUAAAAUGAAUGUUUUUAAUUAUCUGCCUUAUGUUACUGUUAACUAUAUGUAAAAUCUUGUGGAUAUUGCAAAAUUUCAAAAUGUAAUUUUUUAAUUCAACAAAACAAACCCUUCAGAAAAAAAGAGUAUCUUAUAAAUCACUACAUGUUUAUUUUCCAAUUCCAAAUUGUCUAAUUGUGCUUUUUUUACUUUUUAGAAGUCAUUUUGAUAUUUAAUAUUCCAAAUUUUGUUUUAAAUCUGAAAUUUUUUAUUAAAACAUGCCAAAAAAUGCACAUUACAGAUAAUUACUCUUUUUGUCGCUAACAUUAAAUUUUUUUUCUGUAGUUAUUCCAAUAAUGUGAUUUAAAAAAAUAUUUUAACGAAAUUCGUUAUCUAAUUAAAAGAAAUGGACAUAAUGUUAUUUUUUCUACAUAUCGAAUUGUUAUUUUUAUUGUAUUGUAUCGUUAAUAACAUUUAUUUGAUAUGAAAUUAUUAUUGGUGUAAUAAAAUUUGAUUUAAGGCAAUAGACGAUAAGUAAAAUACAAAUUAAUAAUGAAACAGAGAAUAAGGAACCUGUACCUGCAUAUUAGGGUGUCUGUUAUUUCCAAAAUUGCAUUUUGUUCUGCAAACGCCCCUCAAAUUUUUAAGUUAUGACCUAAACAAAUUAUCAAACUCAAACCAGCCCUCAGUAUUCACAUUAAACCGUGCCUAAAUCAUAAUACAUUUUCCAUUUAAAUAACAUGAGAUUUUUGCAGUUAAUUUUUUCCACUGAAACAAAUGUAGUUAAAAAUAUUUAAAUAACUAUUUCUUGGAGGAAAUUUAACGCUCAACAAAUAAGAUCUGAAUGUUUUUUUCGAUAAAAUUUACCAUUUAAAUGUUAUUAAUGAUAAAGUUGUAUUCAUAGUUAAAUUCAUCAUUUUUCUCAUUUAUUAUCCCUUUUUCUUGGUAAUGAAAUUAUGGAGUAACUGAGGGGCUUUUGCAGAACAAAAUCCAAUCUGGGAAAUAACGGACAAAAUUCUUACUAGUAAAUACAAAACCUCUUAAUAAACUGGUCUCAAUCUAUUCAUAUCCAUUUUUUUAUAUUGCCAUGUGUAAAUAGCACAUUAUUGUAAAACAAUAUAUUAAACUUGUAUAGUGAUAUAUAGGGCGUCCAGAAAUUCUCCUGUCAAAUGCAAAUUACCGAUAUUUGAUGUGAUUCUAUGUCCAUUUAAUCUCCUUUAGUAGAAUUUUAAAAGAGGGUAGCUAUCCCCUUCUAAUCAUGACACUAACUGAUGAACUUGAUAAAAUAAGUUUUUCAACAAACUUUAGUAAUUUCGAAAACUAUAAGGUAUUUCCAAGCGUUGAAUUUAUCGCUGCAGUUUAGUUUAAAGUGCUUAGCAUCAAUAGGAGGAUAUCUGUAUACCCUGUAUGUUAAUAUUAAUGAGUACCUUGGAGAUUAUUUACGUCCAGAAAUUGUUCAAUUAAACACAUAUCUCAAAAGCAAUAAUUGCAUAUUCCAUUACAUAGAACGUUUAUUACAUGUUGGCAACAAAUUUAUAAAUAAUUAUUAUUCUGAUAGUUGAAUAAAAAAAUUUCUAUUGCCACUAUUUAUUAAGUGAUAUCAUGUAUUGAGUAUAACUUUUUAAUUCUUAUAACUUCUUCAAUGGCAGCGAUUUCUUAUUAAUUAUUAUACAUUAUAAUUGAUGUUCAAAGCAAUUGCUUAGAUAUUUAAAGUUUUUAAUUAGGAAAAGUUCUUAUAUUUCCAUAUUAAAUCAGAUAUACAUGUUGACUAAUAUAUUUAUUACUUUCAUCUAAAAUACUAUUCCCACAUGUGGUUACAUUAAUUUAUAUAGAGUUGAUAGUACAUCUAUAAGGGCAUUAUGAACAAAAGAACAAGGAUCAAGGGUUGAACCGCGUUUGAAUUUUGAAAAUUCUCGACGUUUAGGCCCCCGGAGCCAUUAUCAAGAGAAGGAGACCCGAUUAUUCUUUCAUUGGUAAGAAGUGAUCCAAUUUCAUGGUCUCAAUCUGCCUACUCCACACAAUGAAUCACCCCUUUUCUUAGUGUCAAAAGUAACGUUCCUCCCUUAGUUGUGAGGGAUGUUGAGAAAGAACGGUGAUUAAAUGUUAUGAAUUGGGAUCGUAGGUAAAGAAACUAUUUUGUUUUCUUGGACUUUUUAUGAAAAAAGUUGUUUUUGCAAUAAUCAAAAACUCUAUUCGUUAUAUUUUCAUCAAUUCAUUUCUUGAAUCUUGAAUCAAACUCCCAAUCCAAUGCCUCUAAUUUUAUAAUCAAUUAAGGUAGGUAAAUGGCAAUUUUGUUUUAUAAUUGUAAAACGUUUCAACUAUUAAAUGUGCAGUUAAAUUAGAUUUGACAAAAUAUUUUUCUCCUAUUUCUCCUCCUAUUCAACAAUGUGAAUUCAUAUCAAACAUCUAAUAUAGAAAAAUAUAUUAGAUUCAUAACAUACCUUUAUUAAUAAUUAUUAUUUAAAGUACUUUGUAAGAUUUUGAAAAUAGUAAUAUAUCUCUAAGGUACGCUCACUUUAUAAGGGGUAAUUACUUUUUAGAAAAUAAGUAUAUCCAUUGUAAAUAAUUGAUAUUUAAGAAUGUUUCUGGUGCUCUUUUAUGGCUUAAAAUAUCAUUUUUACAUCCUGAAUAUUCUUCAUACUAAGUUGAUGAAAAAAAAAAACAUUCAUUCGAUAUUUUAAUUAAACAAAAACAAAGUUUUAUACAGUAAGACCAUUUAAUAUUAUAGUAAUUACUAUACUUCAAAAAAUUCUAAACUAUUUAAGAAGGUCAAGAUACAGAAUGCAGAAAAUGUGAAUAAUAUGGAAUAUAUGUGACAACCAAAGACAAAAUUUUCAGAUUAUAUAAUAAUAAAGUCUGAAUCAUUUCGAAAUAUUAAUAAAUUCAUCAUUAACAGAUAGCUAAAAUCAAGAACAUUUAUAAAUACAAAAGGCUCUGUUCUUUUUUUAGAAUGAGGUAAAAAAGUGUAACAAAUACUUUACCUUUUGCAAACACCUUUCAACAAUAAUCAACAUUAAUAUAUACAAUAGCUAACAGCACAACUUAUUUUCAAUUUUGUACAAAUACACAUAACUUUUAAUGGAAUCUGUAUAAAUAUAUUUUUGUCUAAAAACUAUCGUUUUUGACCAUUUUUUAAUAUCAUACAUGUAAAAUUUAUCAAAUUUUUUUCAAUGUAUAACCUGGAAUAAACCUGCCAUUUUGUAUAAUGCCAAAUUUUAUGAUAGUUUCAAUAGAUAUACUCAAUAAACUAGAAUUAGAAUGUCGUGUAUAUUGUGAUGAUGCCAUUUUUAAACGCAUAAUUUCAGUGAUCUGUUUACAAAAUGUUUUGUUUUUUAUUGGUAGCAAUAAUCAAAUAAAAAUAUGAAACGGUAGAAUUCAAAAACUCACAGUUAAAGAGUUUCAUCUCUGGACAUUUCAUCAAUACAUUUUGUUGAACUAAUUAUCGACUUUCAUUUGAUUACUUCCAAAUGAAGUCAUUUAAAAAAUUAAGCCAUACUAAUGAUGAUGAUAAACGCAAACAAUUAGGGUUGAAAAUAAAGGAUUUAUUCUGGUUAAUACAUAGAAAAUUCUAUCUGUGAAAAAAAAAAAUAGUAAUCUAAGUCAAUAUUGAAAUCCUAGAGAAUCCUAAGAAUUAUUGUAAAUAGUCCAUGGUUUGUGCCAAGCUUUCUAUAACUCUUGACAUCUAAGUGCCAUUGGUUAAAGUAAUGAUAAAUAUACAUCCACAUGUUAAAGGAACAGUUUAGCCUAAACAUAUUCUAUACUACCUACUUAAUCGGUAGGUUUUAGUAUAUUCCCAAUAGACAAAACUGAUUAAUCGAGUUAUUUUUUAAAACAUGCUGACUUAUAUUGAUGGGUGUCGGGUAUAAUAUUAAUUCAUAUAGUUUCUUUAGUUUUCUUUGCUUCUGUUUUGUAAUUUUCCUUUCUCCUACUGUGGCAGUGUAUAUCUGUCUAUAAAAUUACCAUUUUAAUGUGGCAAUGAAUAUUCUAUUUAACUCAAACUGACAUAAAAUCCAAUAUUUUAACAUCUGCCCACUGUUAAAAUAUGAUGUUACUUGGAUAUUGGACCUGUUAAUUUGUUUGUUCUUGUCUAAUUGUUUGUUUUUUCCCACCGCUGUUGUCAUCCAAGCAUGAGGGUGUUUUCAAAUACUCCUAUUCUGACAGUGGAGAUAGAACGGUAUGUACUGCACUUUAUGUCACUGCAGACUCUAAUUGCUAUCUUUCUGCAUGUAGAUUCCAUUUUUUUGUUAAGUUCUUGUAACCUCCAUGUUUUCUCUCCAUACUGGAAAUUUAGCUGAACUGGAUGUGGUAUCAUUACAGGAAGCUUAAACUAGUUGCUUGUAAAAUAUUUAACAAGCUAUGGUCUUUAAAGAUAUUUAGAUUUACCUAGGUGUUACACCGCAAUCUUGAGAAUCAUUUUGCUCUCGUAUCAGAGUUGUUUUCGACAUCUAUAGCUAUUCAGUUGCAGAGUUCCAUUGUACUCAAGUAUCUGCACUAUACUUAAUUAAGUUAGAUCUUCAUUCUUGCUAAAGCAUCCUUUGAGUUUUGGUUUCUAGAACAAGAUGAACUGGAGUUUAAUUCUCUCCUGAAUCUACACUGUAUAUCCUUUGUAACUUCAUGUAAUGAAAUUUUUGGUUCAGUUUGUACAUACUGUUUGAUAAUAAAAUUUUUUAUGCUUCCUAGAAUUUGUUUUUUGGUAGGAAAAUAAAACUUUUUGGUAAAAUUGUUUUACAGGUGACUCAAAUAAGCAAUGUAGCAAACAAAAAGUUAUCGUUAUCAAGAUUAUUGUUGUAGUGUUCUGAUGGUAAUUUAAUUAUACCACCCAUUUUAUUACAGAAUUGUUUAAUAUUUGGUUACCAUAUUUUUAUUUGGUUAUCCUACUACCACAUUAUUGAAUGAGUGAGAAAAUAAUUAUACAAUUAUUUAUAUAUACCUAUAAAUUUGUGUUUGAAAACUAUCUAGUCAUAUAAAUAUUCUAUUUAUACAAUUUUGAUGCAUAAUAAAUAGCUAUGAUUCUA